AUGGCUGGAGGAGGUUUGGUUCAUCAAGGUAGAAUAAGGCAAUAUGAGGUCAAAGUGACAACCUACGUGUUGUUCUCUUGUUUCGUGGCCGCCAUGGGAGGUCUUCUCUUUGGUUACGACCUUGGGAUUACAGGAGGCGUAGCUUCUAUGGACCCGUUCUUGAUCAAGUUCUUCCCUUCUGUAUACAAACAAAUGAAGCUUGAAAAGGGCCAUGAAAACGGACCCUACUGCAGAUUCAAUAAUGAGCUCCUAACGUUGUUCACCUCAUCUCUAUACCUCGCAGCUUUGGUAGCCUCUCUCUCUGCCUCUAACACCACAAGAAUUCUUGGUCGUAAAACCUCCAUGUUUCUUGGAGGCUUGUUCUUCCUUGUGGGUGCCUUGUUCAAUGGUUUUGCAGUAAAUGUAGCCAUGCUCAUCAUUGGCCGCCUCUUACUUGGCUUUGGUGUGGGUUACUGUAAUCAAUCUGUUCCGGUAUACCUAUCAGAAAUGGCUCCACCAAAUAUCAGAGGGGCGUUAAAUAUGGGAUUCCAGAUGAUGAUAACCAUCGGUAUUUUAUUUGCGAACCUGAUCAACUAUUUAACUGCUGUGCAUGAAAAUGGAUGGAGAUAUUCUUUAGGUAUGGGAGCAGUUCCAGCUCUUUUGCUGUGUAUAGCAUCUCUUUUCUUGGGUGAUACGCCAAACUCCAUGAUUGAAAGAGGAGAAUAUGGUCGAGCUAAGAUAAUAUUGCAGAAGAUUCGCGGAACCCAAGAUGUGGACGACGAGUUUCAAGAUCUCAUCGACGUGAUCGAAGUAGCCAGGCAGGUGGCACACCCUUGGACAAACAUCACGCAACCUAAAUAUAGGCCUCAGCUAACUCUAUGUUCUUUCAUUCCCUUCUUCCAACAACUCACGGGCAUCAACGUCAUCAUGUUUUACGCUCCUGUCCUUUUCCAGACUCUUGGCUUCGGCGACGAUGCUUCUCUCAUGUCCGCCGUCAUCGCCGUAGCCGUCAAUGUCAUGGCCACAAUGGUCUCUAUUUUAUCAGUGGACAAGUUUGGAAGAAGGAUUUUGUUCCUUGAAGGCGGCACUCAAAUGCUUCUUUGCCAGGUUGCUGUGGGGACCCUGAUAGCUUUGAAAUUUGGAGUUAAGGGUGAAGGCUCAUUCAGCAAAAGUGAAGCUGACCUGCUUCUGCUGUUUAUAUGUUUGUUCGUUGCAGCGUUUGCCUGGUCUUGGGGACCAUUAAGUUGGUUGGUGCCAAGUGAAAUAUGUCCUCUGGAGGUUCGAUCUGCGGGACAAUCUAUUAACGUUGCAGUGAACAUGUUAUUCACUUUUGGCAUAGCUCAAGUGUUUCUUCCUAUGCUUUGCUACUUAAAGUUCGGUCUCUUCUUCUUCUUUGCUGGCUUUCUGGUCAUGAUGACCAUUUUUGUUGCUCUGCUCCUCCCAGAGACAAAGAAUGUGCCCAUUGAAGAAAUGAACAGUGUGUGGAACUCACACUGGUUCUGGACAAAGUUUGUUCCUCAAGAGGCUGUCAGUGAUCAUAGCAGCUCCAAUUGCAAGCCCAGCCCUUAG